AUGAUCUACAAUGAAAGUCUGCCCGACAACCUCCCGUCACUUUGCUCUAAGGCUCUUCUGGCUGACGUGCCCUGUGACCGCCUCGUGCGAGAUCUUCGCCCAGAUUUCUUUUACCGUCCAGCGUCUCUGGAGCGUAUGUGUACCUCGGGCUGCGCCGCAGCAUUGUCUUCAUGGACAUCGUCGGUCCGGUCCGCGUGCGGCAAGAAUGUGAGCGUCCCCACCGACUUUGACCUCCUCGCAUCGCCAGUGGUGAUUCCGGCCACACUCGAGCACACAUUUGAGUUUACGUGUCUGCGGGAGAAUAAUAAGUUUUGUGGCCCUGUUGCGGCCUUGGCUGCUGUCUUCACAGACCCUGGAGUAUCGCCUUUCAACUAUCUCAGUGAAGCGCCGGAGGGGACCACAGAUCCCGGUCGCUGUGACAGCUGCAUCGCAGCCAGGCUUCGUAUGCGCGCAGGAUCGCCCUACUUCGACGGCCCCAUCGUGGCAAGCGAAUCGCUCUACCAGAGACUUACGUCGAGCUGUGGCAUCACGGGCAAACCUGUCACCACCACAACUAUUGACUACUCCAUCAGCGAGCCUGAACCUACGGAAGAUUCUUGUGACGGAACGCAAUACACGAUCCAAAAUACUGAUGAUUGUUACAGCAUAUCCAAGGCCCAGGGUGUUGCCACAGCUUGGCUUUUGGCAGACAAUGGCCUCGCCGCAUACUGUGCUGACUUUCCCACGUCAGGCAGUCUCUGUAUUGCUAACAAGUGUGAUACCGUCACUGUUGGAGUCAACCAGACAUGUAUCGCUAUCGCCAACUCUGCAGGAAUAACAGUAACCCAGCUCAAGGCCUGGAACCAGGUCAUCAAUCCUGUGUGCUCCAACAUUGGCAUGAUGAACGGUACCACGCUCUGCAUCAGUCCUCCAGGACCUCGGCUGCCUCUGCCUGGGACUACCGAUAUUCCACCACUGGUCCCAACCACGGCCGCACCUGUGCCAACAGACGCCGCCGCGGGGUCCAACAAGCCAUGCAGCCGCUGGUACAACGUCGAAGCGGGCGACUACUGUAAUCUGGUGAUCCUCAAGUUCGCCAUCUCGCUGGACGACUUCCUCUUUCUCAACCCCGGCAUCAAUGCCAACUGCACCAACUUGUAUGCAAAAGAAAGCUACUGUGUACAUCCAGUGGGAGACAUCAACACCUACGCUGGCCGCCCUGGACAUGUCUCUAUCACAAUCGAUCCCAAUGCGACUUUCACCGGCAUUCCCUUCACCAUGCUUCCUAAUGCGACCGUAAAAGGCUAUUCACGGCCAUACACCCCUGCGCCGCUGGCCAAAGGAGUCCGCGAAGACUGUGUGCACUAUUUCAAGGGCGAUGACUACCAGUUUCCUCCAGACCAGCUUGGGUACUGGAAGAGCAAUUGCGAACUCGCCGCCCGCAACUAUGGCGCCGACAACGACAACUUCGUCGCCUGGAACGCAUUGGGUACCAAUGUCACCGACCCUUCCUGCUCUUUUGUACCUGGUGGGAGGUACUGCGGCUCCUGGAAUUCGCAGGUUGUCCGCACCAUCACUGAGACUGAGCCGGCGACUGCAACCACCGGCGAUGGGGGCCCGACUCCUCCUGCGCCGACACAUUCAGGUCAGCCUCAAGACUGUGAUACUUGGCAUGUCGUUUCCUCAGGCGACUCUUGCCAGUCAGUGGCAGACGACGCCGGCAUCUCACGGGACCAGUUUCACGACUGGAACCCGGCCGUCGGCCGUGACUGCUCAACCAACUUCUGGCUGGGCCAGGCUUACUGCGUCGGCGUUUCUGAAGACAUGGGCGACAUGUCCACAGUGGCAUCCUCCACGACGUCGUCCGUGACGCCCGGCCCUUCUAAGCCGGAACCACCAGGGCCAACGCAUACCGGUCAGCCGAGCGAUUGCGACGAGUGGGAUGUUGUGGAAACGGGCGAUACCUGUGGCUCACUCGCUGAGAGUAACGACAUUUCGUUGAGUCAAUUCUUUGACUGGAAUCCAGCAGUGAGCCGCGACUGUGUGGCCAACUUCUGGAUUGGCCAGGCAUAUUGUAUUGGAGUUUCAUCGUGA